CAUGGCCAGCCCGCCGCGGCCCUAGCGCGACCGACGCCGCCGCCGCCGCGAUGAGGAGCUCUACAAUGGUAGAUGGAGUUAUGAUCCUUCCUGUGCUGAUCAUGAUGGUGUUUCCCUCCCCGAGUUGGCAAGAUGAUGAACUGAAGCUAAAUAUGGUCCACUACGAAUGUGUGUGUGAAGGCAUGUCCUGUGGGAAUGGAGAUCGUUGCCAAGGCCAGCAAUGUUUUGCUUCCCUGAGCAUUAAUGAUGGUGCUAAGGUUUACCAGAAAGGCUGCUUCCAAGUCUAUGAACAAGGGAAAAUGACGUGCAAAACACCUCCAUCUCCUGACCAAGCUGUUGAGUGCUGCCAAGGAUACCUGUGCAACAUGAAUAUCACAGCACAGUUGCCUUCUUCUAAAGGGCAAACUUUUCAAGGAGAAGCUGCAGGUUACAGCAUGGAAACACUAAUCAUUGUUAUACUGGCUCCUGUGAUAGUGUUGAUAGUUUUUUCUGCAGUAGCUGUGCUGAUCAUCCGGAGAAUACAGAAAAACCAUAUGGAGAGGCUCAAUUCUAGAGAUGCAGAAUAUGGCACAAUUGAGGGACUCAUUGCAUCAAACGUUGGAGACAGCACGUUGGCAGAUUUAUUGGACCAUUCCUGCACAUCUGGAAGUGGUUCUGGACUUCCUUUCUUGGUGCAAAGAACGGUGGCUCGCCAGAUUACACUUGUAGAGUGUGUAGGAAAGGGCCGUUAUGGAGAAGUUUGGAGGGGUCAGUGGCAAGGAGAAAAUGUUGCUGUGAAGAUCUUCUCUUCUAGGGAUGAAAAAUCCUGGUUCAGGGAAACUGAAUUGUACAACACUGUAUUGCUGCGGCACGAAAAUAUUUUAGGUUUUAUUGCAUCUGAUAUGACUUCCAGAAACUCUAGUACCCAGUUGUGGUUAAUUACCCACUACCAUGAAAUGGGGUCUCUGUAUGACUAUCUACAGCUCACUACCCUGGACACUGUCAGCUGCCUACGCAUAGUACUGUCCAUAGCUAGUGGUCUUGCACAUUUGCACAUAGAGAUAUUUGGAACCCAGGGGAAGCCUGCCAUUUCUCAUCGGGACUUGAAGAGCAAAAAUAUCCUCGUUAAGAAAAAUGGACAGUGCUGCAUAGCGGAUUUAGGCCUUGCAGUUAUGCACUCCCAAAGCACGAAUCAAUUGGAUGUGGGGAACAAUCCCCGUGUGGGUACCAAACGCUACAUGGCUCCAGAAGUCUUGGACGAAACUAUCCAAGCAGACUGCUUUGACUCGUACAAAAGGGUCGAUAUCUGGGCUUUUGGGCUGGUCCUUUGGGAAGUAGCUAGACGCAUGGUUAGCAACGGUAUUGUGGAAGACUAUAAACCACCGUUUUAUGACUUGGUUCCAAACGAUCCCAGUUUUGAAGACAUGAGAAAAGUGGUCUGUGUAGAUCAGCAAAGGCCAAACAUUCCCAACAGAUGGUUCUCAGACCCUACAUUAACAUCUCUUGCCAAGUUGAUGAAAGAAUGCUGGUAUCAAAAUCCAUCAGCAAGACUAACAGCCCUGCGAAUCAAAAAGACUUUGACCAAAAUUGAUAAUUCCUUAGAUAAACUGAAAGCUGACUGUUGACCUUCUUCUCGUGGUGCUCUCCUGAUAGGAAGGCAUUUGUCUGCUUCAGAAGUAGUCUGGCCAGACAGUUCAUACGAUUGGUCCCCAUGUGGCUACUUACAGAGGCAGAAGUUCUUACCAAGCCAUCUGUGUGGGAGACAUCGGAACCAUAUGGACUUUGCUCAGUGACUACAAUGGGCAUUUCACAAAUGGUCAAGCUAUAAGGACUCACGCUGGAUGUACUGUUGCAAAGGUAGUGGCCUGAAGGAAGACAGAGAAAUCCUAAGACAAGAUCAGGGCAUUAAAUAAUGGCUUUGAACAGCUUUUUUCUUUUUUUUCUUUUUCUUUUUUUUUUUUUUUUUUAAUUCUCCUAAUCACUCCCAGGGUGAACACAUGGAAGUGGUAAAUUUUAAUCAGCAAUAUUGCCUGUGCUUCUCUUCUUUAUUGCACUAGGAAUUCUUUGCAUUCCUUACUUGCACUGUCACUGUUAAUUUUAAUGACAUGACUUGCCAAAAAUAUGAUUGGCUGUAUACUACAUUGAUCUAUGCCUGAAUAAUAGGAAAUGAAUUUGGUAAACUGAAAAUGUAACUGUCAGAUUUUAGCUGCGUUUUACAUGUGUACUGAUGUUUACAAUAAUGCUGAACAUUAGGAAUUUCUCAUUUAUACAAAACUUGCAAAUUAUUUAUUACUAGUGCACUUGCCAGUUUUUUAAACUGUAAAAUAAGUGCAUAAAGUUAAAGCUUAUUUUUAUGUGGCCUCUUUCAUGAUUUCUUACACAGAUGUUUUUGUAACACAAUAUAACCUGAAACAUAAAUUGUUUUCUGUAUUACCAUAUUACAACUCGAUAGUCACAUUUUAAGUGCUUCACAUUUGUAGGUGUGUGGUCUGUAACAUAUUUUCAGUUCAAAUACGGAACAUAUAUAUAGCCAUUACCCACAUGACAUUGUGUCUAGUAUCUUACCGAUCUAGAAAAGGAAAGCAAUGGAGGAACUAACUAGAAUUUUAGGUCAUGAAUGCUGUGGGGAAAAUGCAUUUUAUUUCUUCUAAGCUAUAUAAUAUGCAUUUAAACUCUGCCAGAAGAAUAACUAUUUUGUUUUAAUCUACUUUUUCUAUUUAGUAGUUAUUUGUAUAAAUUAAAUAGAAUGUUUUCAAGUCAAACAAAAGAGUGUUUUAGUUCUCUUACUGCCUAUUAGUAACAAAGGUAUACUAAUGCAGCAGUGGGUAUCUCCAGUCGUAUGCUCGCAGGUGAAGAGAGUUGGUCCAGGUCAAUACUGGGUGGAACACCGAGGUACUGAGGCUGUUAACAGUUGAUUGUCUGGGUGUGUUUUUCCUGUACUGAACUGGAUCCUAAAAUAGUACAGCAGGGAACUGGUGUAUUCUCCUUGGACGUGACAUCAGUCAUGCCCGUGCAAACCUCCUAGAGCAUGUCUUGCAGAAGGAGGUAUGUUAUCCCCUAGCCUUCUGGGGAAGAAUUCAGCUUUGUACCCAGAGAACUGUUUUCUCUGCCUGUACCUCGUGAUACUCUCAUCUUAGUUGUUAUGCCAAGUGUAAGAGUGAUUAGGAAGUGACAGCGCCCUUUCAUCCUUGGAAAAGAACUCCUUUAUUCAUGGGAUUGAAAUCCUCCAGGUAAUCUAAGGACCUGGAUAGUAAUUAGCUAUUCGGACAUGUUUCCUCUCUGGGUUAAAAAAUUUCUCUGAGGUUCUCUUCUGUCCUUUAAGUCCGCCAGAUUCUGCUCUCCUGUUUCUCUGUAAUUUUUUCCGUCUCAGACCCAGUCUUCCUCGUCCUACUCCAGCCACGUGGCAUGCCUUUCUUUUUCUACAUUUCUAGUGUAGAAAUAACAGCCAAGUUUGCAGGGUAGGUACUGCAUGGUACAGUAGCUCUGCAGAGCAGGCUGAAUAGAUACCAGUUGCUAGGUCUCUUAAUUAUACUUGAUGAGAAUCUGAGCAGAUCCAGUGCUGCAAAAAAACAUAGGAAAAGUGGGAUCUGAUUAGUUUUUAUUGUUAGUUUUUAAUGGGAAGUCAAAGGCUCAGUUGCCUGAAUGCAUUCAGGUUUGCUUUAAACUGGUUUGUGUAUGUGAUGCGUGCUGGGCUGUUAAAUAACUGCAGCCCAGGAGGGACAGUAUUUCAGCAAUGACUCGAGUGAAUCAGUCUGUUGGACUGAAGAUGCCGUAUGAAUGGAAGUAACUAGUGACAGUUACAACUGCAAAAUGAGUGGCUGUUAGUGAUAAUUUUCUGAUAUAGAGUAUUGCCUGAAGCUCUUUAGUCCUAGGUGCCUGGUGCACACACAUACGUAUUUCUUUCACUUGUAUUUAUAUGAUGGAACAGGCAUCAGUAUUUAAAACAAAUGGAAAGUGAGGCAACCUGCUUGCAGAGGUCCCAGGCUGCUGCAGUGCUCAGAGAUGAGGACAGCCGGGGACAUCUGGACAGUGGAGGGCGAGAGGGGAGGUACCUCUAUGGAUGGACAGGGACAGAGCCAGAGGUGAAAGUUCAGUGUGCAAUGUGAGUUUAAAGUGGCCGGUUAGGUUUUUCACUUUGAGUUUUCACAUCUCCAGCAUUUGCCAGUGCAGGUGUUGGAGGAGAGAGACAAUCUGUCAUGCUGGUGAUUUAUAACAAUUCUGGCCAUCUUGGCUGAAUUUGCGGUGCCUUUCUCAAACGCUGACCUACGGAGUCACAGCAUCUUACUAGAUAUUAGGGAAAAUGGUCAUGUUAAAUACUUGAUCCGUCUCUUCUUUGUACUGUAACAUCUUUUGAAAAGUACUGUGUAUGUAGAAGAAUGACACAACUUUAGGUUGGAAACAGCUCCAUGUACUCUAUAGCGGUUUACUCUGCUGUCUCUGAAGAUCUAAAUUUUCUAACCGCAGCGCUGGGUACCAGUCUGUUCGCUGUGCUAGGACUAGUGGGGUGCCGCAGGGCCUGCGGGAAGGAAGUGUGCAGUUCUCCAGGGGCUCUUCCAGGGCCGGGCUCUGGGAACCACUGGCCUCUUCUGAGUUUGGAUACAGACUUGACUGAGGAAAUUUAGUAUGAAUUAAAACUGGAGUCUUGGCUCUCCCUGUCUAUAAAGCAGGGAUAACCAACUAAAGGAUAAAAACACAAACCAUAAAGACACCCCAGUAAUAUCCUCUUUAUCCUAUGUUAGGUAAAGAAGAUUAUCCAAGCAAGCUACUGGCAGGGUAAAAAAGUCUGUCCAAUGCUAGGACUCCUGGGCACUCACCAAUGUGCUAGACAAGGUCAUUUUCAUUGGCGCUGCUGCUAAUAGCUUCCUCUUGCAUAUCAAAACAUCCAGGGAUUAUUUUAAACAAAAUUCACAUUCAUGCCCUGCUGAUGAAGUAUUUUUAGUCCAGGCUUUGACUGAACUAUUUGAAAUGUUAACUAAUUUUUUUUUUUUUUUAAUUAGGUGACUAUUUGGCAAACUUGAAUCAAGAAAUUUGAGUGGAAGAUAAUAAUGAGAAAUAAUUUCUUAGCAAUUUCUUAUCCCUUGACUUAUCCCUGAGUCAUUCAGCACUGUGCUUUUCUAAUGUAUAGUUGCUACUGAGGGUAGUCAGGGUCCAUGCUUUCAAAAAUAGCAGAAAUAGCAGUGUUCUGAACAGUCCUCUUGGGAGCUAGAGGGCGUGCACCUGGAAGCAGAGAAGGAAAAACUCAGUGAUAGCCAGUGAAGGACUAUCUGUGGUCUGUGUUAUUUAACCUCAUUUUCAAGUGUCUGGACAGUCACAGGAGAAAAUUUGUUGCUGCUUUUCCCUUCAAGAUAUCAAGGCUUGGGCAGUGGGGGAGAGUUUCCAAGUGAUGUAUGUGAAGAUAACACCCCCACCUCCCACGCUAUUUUUCCAGCAUGUUUAUUAAUCAGUGUUCCUCUAGUAACCCCAUAAAAUCUAAUCUUCUAAAGAGAUUUGGAAUGCUUAUAUAUAAUCUGCUGCAUUAAGGGCGUCACUGCGUUUAUUACUAUGGAGAGGGCACAAGCGGUUCCAUAGUUGCAGUUGAAUUAUUCAUGUGUCUGGCGGAUUUGCACUGUACACAGCCAAUACGGAUCUGGGGUGUUGUCAUUCGAACAGUGCCUGACCCUAUAUCAGACCCCUAAUAAGAGGAGGCCCUGCGUGUAAAAAAUAAAUAAAAUGACUCCUCAGCACAUGAGUAGCACUGUCUGAUUCAGCUAUCCUGUUGAUAGGUAUGACCACCUGCCAGUUAUAGGAGGAAGGCUAGGCAAAAAACAGAGUUACUUUAGAUUUGGGGGAGGGGGGUUGCUUUUUGUUUGGAUUUCCCUUUUUCAUAUGCAGAAGGCUUGUUUAUUAUUGGUUAGGAAUAUGUUGCAGUUUGACAGGUGUCCUGGGGACAGCUGCCUAAAGCAGCCCGAGGCCAGCAACUCAAGUUAGUGUUGCUGUAGUGAAGGCACUGAAGGCUUCCUCCCUCUUGUCUGUAACUUUCCUUGUGGGCCUUCUGUGCUGGAAUUUUCCAUGAAAAAUCCAUAUCAAGCCUUCCAAAAUUUUUUUAUUUACCUGGAUUAAACUAUCUUGGUAAGGAGGGACAAGGAGAAUUCUCUUCCCUGCAGGGCAAGGUGUCUGCUGUGCAAAAAGAUCAGCCUUGGCAUAGUGGUUGGCAUUGGAGAAGGGAAACAAAGAUGUUACCGGUGCUGUUCCAUUUAUAUAGAGAGAAGUUAAAUCUUUCUAAAACACAGAAUACAUUUUUGCAUUUUAGAGCUAAGAUUUGUGUGGGAAAAAUAAGCAUUUUAUCAAAUGUAGAAUUAAUGAUGUACUGUGACAGAUGCUCUCACCUGGGAAUAGCACAUUUGCUUUAUCCCCAGUUUAAGGAAAAAAAACCCACCACAGUUCUAGUGCCUGAACCAAGAAACCGUGCCAAGACACAAGCCGAAGCAUGCCAGGAAAAGCAAAGCGCAGCUGUACACGCUUGACGUCAGUCUCGGCCUGUCAUGGUAGAAGAGAGACUGCAAGAGGGACUUCUGGUACUCGUGGAGGAGAAGCUGGGACCUUCUCUGUGGAAAGUGCGGUUUCUCACUGGGUAUGGACUCGUCUCGCUACCUCCAGAUCCUGUGUGGUGGAGAGCUGUGUGAAGUCUGCGAAAAGGAUCUUCCAAGGGGUUUGGGACAUCUGCUCACUGGGUCAACCUGUUCUGUACCAGCCAGACUGCUUGCUUGGAGGCCCAGGAACAUGGUCCUCUUGGGGAUGGUGGCCUAUAACACGAUACACCAAAGUGCCUGCCAGCUGUCAGACUUGGGAGACAGAGUUGUUGGUUGGUUUUUGGUUUGGGUUUUUUUUUUUAAGAAAAAAAAAAAAGGUGUCCCCCUUUCCACCACAUUUGUUGCUGUGUGUUGCUCUGUGCAUAGUGGCAUUUGUCCCAGCAACAUGUCUAAACCUGGGGGUGUAGCCCUGGCAGAGCAGCACAAGAGCUGGUGUACACGUCCUGUCCUCCAGUCUGGUGUAGCUUCUCAGGACUCUCUUUAUACUUACAGAUCUAAUAAAUAUCUCUGCUUGUUCUUGA